CAUGCGCAUACGCUGCAGCGCUGCUGAGACGAUGCAAGUCUCGUUGUGGAGUGUGGCGGUGUUGCUAGCCCUGCUUGGGGGCUGCAGGAGCCUGCUGUACCCCAGAGAGUCGGAGAGCAGAGACGUUAGGUUGCUGGACGGCCUGUGGAACUUUAGGGCCGACUACUCCUCAAACAGGAUCGCUGGUUUUGAAGAGCAGUGGUUCAAGUCACCCCUGUCUCAGACAGGAGAGGUGAUCUAUAUGCCGGUGCCCUCCAGUUUCAAUGAGAUCACACAGAACAGGUCGCUGAGGGAGUUUGUGGGCUGGGUGUGGUACGACCGUGAGGCGUGGGUCCCAGCUUCCUGGGGAAGAGGCCAGAACUGCAUCACACUGCGAUUUGAGAGUGCUCACUACAACUGUAUUGCUUGGGUGAAUGGAGUGGAGGUGGUGAGUCACAGUGGAGGCCACCUGCCAUUCCAGGCCAACAUCACAGACCUGGUCAAGACUGGGGCUCCAAACAGGAUCACUGUGGCCAUCAACAACACACUCACCCCUCACACCCUCCCCCCCGGCACCCUCUCCUUUGGCUCACCUCCCAACUACCCCUCCGGAUACUUUGUGCAGAAACUGCAGUUUGACUUUUACAAUUAUGCAGGUCUGCACCGACCAGUGAAGCUAUACACCACUCCCCUGUCAGUUCAUGUUGACGACGUGACGUUGGUGACCUCCCUGCUGGCCAACGGAAGUGUCGACCUGUCCUACGUGGUGGACGUCUUUGUCUCUGACUCGGGGCCUGUGGAGCUCCAGAUUAUCCUGAGGGAGAAGGCGGGAGGUUCAGUGGUCUCGGCCUCUCUCCAGCUCCCUGGCUGCCAGAAGUCACCGUGUGUCCUGACUGGUAAUGGCCAACUGCUGGUGAACAAUCCUAGACUCUGGUGGCCCUGGACCAUGGAGCCGAAUGACCCUGGAUACCUCUACCAACUUGAGAUCAAUGCCACCACCUCCUCUGAGAAGGUGUCAGACUGCUAUCGAAUACCAGUUGGUCUCAGGACUGUGGAGAUCCGUGGGAAGGGGCUAGACUACCCUCUCCUGAUGAAGGACAUCAACCUCAUAAAGUGGCUGGGUGCCAACUCCUUCAGGACCAGUCACUAUCCAUACUCUGAGGAGCUGAUGGACCUCUGCGACCAGCACGGCAUUGUUGUCAUCGACGAGUCACCUGCAGUCGGACUCCACUAGGCAGUGGCCAACUGGACGCGAACUUUAGACCCGACACGACCCAUCAUGUUCGCAGACAACAUGCCAUAUGACCAAGACCUGUGUACUCAGUUCAUGGAUGUGAUAACCACCAACCGCUACUACUCGUGGUACUACGAUCCGGGCCACACGGACACCAUUGCCACACGACUGGCCACUGACCUGGAAGACUGGUUCAGGACUCACGGGAAGCCCAUGAUGCUGACAGAGUAUGGAGCCGGUACUGUGGCCGGCAUACAUAGAAUGGAAGUUUUGUUGAAUACUUGGCCCGUCUUUGACCAAUUCCGAGACUCGUUCCUCAUCGGGGAGAUGGUCUGGAAUUUCGCCGACUUCCAGACAGACCAGGCAACAACUAGAGUGGAUGGAAACAAGAAAGUUGGUGGAGGGUGCGAGGGAGAAGAGUGCAGUAUAGACAGAGUGUGUACAUUCAGUAAUGGCACACAGGGAGUAGAGGAGGGUCUGUGUACAGAGUGCUCUUGUUCAGAGGGAUACAGUGGACCUGCAUGUGCAAAUAUCAAUGAGUGUGCUGGGAACAGUACAUGUGAUGAUAAUGCAGACUGUGUUGAUAGUGAUGGUAGUUACUGGUGUCAGUGUCUGCCAGGAUUCCAGGGAGAUGGAUACAACUGUACAGAUAUCAAUGAGUGCGAUAAUGUGACAUGUGGUGAGAAUGCUGAAUGUCUCAAUACUGAGGGGAGCUACAGCUGUGAGUGCAAGUCAGGAUUCACUGGAGAUGGAUACAAUUGUACAGAUAUCAAUGAAUGUGUUGGGAGCAAUGCAUGUGAUGAUAAUGCAGCCUGCAAUGAUACUGAUGGUAGUUACUUGUGCUGGUGCAAGUCGGGAUUCCAGGGAGAUGGCUACAGUUGUGCAGAUAUCAAUGAGUGUGAGAAUGUGACAUGUGGUGAGAAUGCUGAAUGUCUCAAUACUGAGGGGAGCUACAGCUAUAUUGAUGAGUGUCUGAAUGUGACGUGUGGUCAGAACGCGACGUGUGACAAUACUGUUGGGACCUACAGCUGUCACUGUGACUCUGGAUUCGUUGGAGAUGGAUACAACUGUUCAAAUGUCAAUGAGUGUGAGGGAAGCAAUGCAUGUGAUGAUAAUGCAGACUGUGUUGAUAGUGAUGGUAGUUACUGGUGUCAGUGUCUGCCAGGAUUCCAGGGAGAUGGAUACAACUGUACAGACAUAAAUGAGUGUGAGAAUGUGACAUGUGGUGAGAAUGCCGAAUGUCUCAAUACUGAGGGGAGCUACAGCUGUGGGUGCAAGUCAGGAUUCACUGGAGAUGGAUACAACUGUACAGAUAUCAAUGAGUGUGAGAAUGAGACAUGUGGUGAGAAUGCUGAAUGUCUCAAUACUGAGGGGAGCUACAGCUGUGGGUGCAAGUCAGGAUUCACUGGAGAUGGAUACAACUGUACAGAUCUGGCCAUGGUAGUGACACUAGCUGUCUCUGCACUAGUCUUGACACUGAUUGUGAUAUUACUGCUCGUUCUGCUAUGUCUAAGGAUACUUCGACCAAAAGCUAUUACAUUUGAUGAGAUAACAGUGAAGGAAUUAGACCCAUUCUACAGUCCCAAAUUGAGGGGACAGUCUAUCAUGUCGAUUCACAGCGAGUACGAACAGCUGUACACAGCGUCACCUACUCAUCCCCCCGAACCAUUUGACGCACUGCUGGAGAGCGUGCCUGUUGAUGAGAAUGAGACUGACCCUGUCAUUAGGGAAAACACUCCCGAUUCAUCACAAGACCGUGUCGUUUUGAAGGACAAGAAAGUUUCGUUGGCGGAUAAACCACUAGAUAGCGACAACUUCCAGUUGUCGAGCUGUGUGUCAGGCAGCGACGAUUCACAAUCUUCCCCCUACAUCGACGAGGAAUCAUUGAGCGACCCACGUAGAGCAGGGAACAUUCCUCGGCCACACAAAAAUGAACUUACUUACUUUUCAGAUAACUAUACAGUGAGUGCAAUAGGUCCAGUCGGGGAAGGCGACAACGACUCGUGCUCGUCAGAAAAUUCUUCAUCUUCCUCAAAACGGUUGUUUUUGUCUCAAACAUGCAAGACACUUUCCUCGGGGUAUGUAGAAGACAGCUUUGGGGUCUGCGGGCCCUUUGUUUUCCAGUCAGCGGCAAAGUGGGAGGAAAUGGAGGACGAAGGGGAGAGAGGGGAAAAGGGGGCAAGGGGAGAGGUUGAAGACCAAGACGGCAGCAAAAUCCCAGACCUCACUGGUGGCUACGUGUUCUCUGGCAUUGAAAAUGAACAAGAGAGUCAGUCAAAGAGUGGUGGUUAUAAUCAGAGUGCCUACAUCUUUACCACUGGGUGUGGUAUGACUGAAUUUACUAAUCUUGAUGAAGCAAUUUUUGUAUCCGAUCCAAAUUAAAUUCGCGACUCUUUGCGUCAUUAACUAAGGUUGCUUUUCUGUUAGUUGUUAUUGGGUCAUUACAAAAUCAGUUUCAAGUCACUAAUGAACUACCCACUAUUAUUUAUCAUCAUCUAUGGAUCAGACAUUCAUUCUUUUAUGGUGUAAUACAUUCUUGUUUGCUGAUUGCUCUUUUUAAUGGUGCCAUAGCUAACAUUGCCUCCUUGCACACACUGGCCGGAAGUAGAGGGCCGUGUUGAUGGGUAAUUAUAUAAAACAUUAUGAUCUCUCUGUGUGUCCAGCAGAGAGUCCAGGUGCUGGUUUGGGAUCAGGGUCAGGGUAUAUAGUUCUUUGGCCCUGCUGCUAUGGACUUGGCGGCGGCCAUUUGAAUAGGUGUUAAUUUG